CUCUCUCUCACAGUGACAGAAGUCACAAACUUUCUUGAUUUAUGCACAGAAUCUCUCACACCCUUAAAUCAAUUUCCCAUUCUUGUUCAAUGCGUCUUAACAAUAUGGCCCCAACUAUGCUAAGAGAGCGUUUUCAGCAAUCUGUCACUGCUAAUUCGUUUCGGUCAUAUCUUGCUGAGUUCCUCUCCACAUUCUUCUAUGUGUUUGCAGUUGUGGGAUCUUCCAUGUCAGCGAGGAAAUUGAAUCCUAAUGUUGCCUCAGACCCAUCAAGUCUGGUGGUGGUUGCUAUCGCCAAUGCCCUUGCAUUGUCAGCUACUGUCUAUUCUGCUUGGAACAUCUCAGGAGGGCAUGUGAAUCCGGCCGUCACGUUUGGAAUGGCUGUUGGAGGCCACAUUAGUGUCCCAACCGCUCUGUUUUACUGGGUUUCUCAGAUACUGGCUGCUGUUUUUGCUAGCCUUGUCUUGAAGGUAGCUGUUGUUGGACAGCAUGUUCAACCCUACAUUAUUGCAGAAGAAAUGACUGGGUUUGGAGCAUCUAUCAUGGAAGGUAUCAUGACAUUUGGUCUAGUGUACACUGUUUAUGCAGCCGGGGAUACCAGGCUUGGUACAAUGGGAGUGGUUGGACCUAUAGCAAUUGGUUUCAUAGCAGGAGCCAAUGUGUUAGCAUCAGGACCCUUCUCUGGUGGAUCAAUGAACCCAGCUUGUGCCUUUGGUUCUGCUAUCACUGGAGGCAGUUUCAAGAAUCAAGCAGUUUAUUGGGUUGGACCCUUGAUUGGUGCAGCAGUUGCAGGCCUUCUCUAUGACAAUGUGGUGUUCCCUUCUCAAGCUCCAGAUUCUAUUAGGGGCGUCACUGAGGGAACUGGGGUGUAAUUAUAUGCUUCAUACAUUUGCUUCUUUUCGUUUGUUUUAUCUGCUCAUUUGUACUUGAUUAAGAUGUUUAUUAAUUGAAUUGCUGAAUGACUAUUAAUUAAUUGCAUU